AUGUCCACAAAAAGAGCUAGGCCCAGCGUAGAGUCGCUCCUCCACUCUUCAGCCUCCUCCUUCAAGCGACGAGAUAUCGACGCCCUAAAAGUAAGAUACCAAACAGCCAGCGAAAGCAACGUUAUUCCUGCGGUUGAAGCCCGAGGCUUUCCAGAUAAAUACGUUGUUCCCGGCGUUGACCGUCAAGUGCUUGAGAGACAAGACCUCGACAUUAACCAGCUCGGCAUAACUAAUAAUCACGUCAAUACCUUUAUCCGCAAAUUAAAUCGGGUCGUAGUGAACGCCGGCGCCGAGAGAGAUACGGCUGAACUGCUGACGGACUCGCUUGUGCUGCAUUUGCUGAUUCGCGCCAUGAAAAUGGAUUGCUGGCCUCUAUUGACCGACGUGCAUCCGCAAUACUGUCUGUUUAUUGACGGCGAGCCUUACGUGUCGGCAGUCCCCGAGUUUGUCAUUAAGAAGGAAAAUUGCACUGUCGCGGUUAUAGAGCAUUUCAAAAACGCUCACGCAACGACGGGUUUUGGGGAAACGCAAAUCGCUGCAGAGAUGCUAAGUUGCGCGAGCAUGAAUAUACAAGCUUAUGACAACAAAAAAGACUAUACAAGCCAACUCAUAUUUGCUGUUCGCGUUAUUUCGAGUUGCGUUACGUUUUACAAAGCCGUAAUUUCUGUAGAAUAUUUGCAAGAACUUGAUAAAGGUUUACCGGUAGAAAAUUCAGUUGUUAUUGAAAGAUGGCCGGGAGAAGGUGGUAGACGGGACGGAUUGGAUCUUGCGAAUCCUGCACAAAGAAGAAGAGUGUUGGAGGCAUUAACUAAGAUACGUCAUUUUCUUUGUCAGUAG